CGAGCUACAGGUUGUUUCGCGUGGGCUGAAAAUAAGUUGUUUUACCUCCGUGUCAGUGGGGUAAUGACGCUGCUCGUGCGCUUCAGCGACAGUCGCGGUUAGCUGAAGUGGGCGGUGGGACAGACACGGUGGGACAUGGACCGCGAGGAGCAACCAGAGUGUGUACCUGCUCGUUUUCAGAGAGUGUGACGGACUGAUUUGGAGUUUAAUUUCAGUGUUUUUGUGCCAUGGCGGGCUGCUGGCACUGGUGCCACCGCACGUGUGUGUGCUGUCUGUCCGAGGAGGAGAAGAAGACCAUCGCAGUGGACAAAGAGAUCCAGAGGAUCCUCAAGCAGCAGAAGAAGAAGGAGAGAAGGGAAAUUAAAAUCCUCCUGCUGGGCACUGGCGAGAGCGGAAAAACCACAUUCAUCCGACAGAUGAGGAUCAUCCACGGACGAGGCUUCUCAGAGGAAGAGAGGAGGACCUUCGCCAAAUGCAUCUACCAGAACAUCUUUACAGCCAUGAAGGCCAUGACGGGAGCCAUGACCACACUCAAAAUCCCCUACUUCAAGCCAGAGAACGAGAUCUAUGCAAAGUGGCUGCAGGACAUAAACACGGUUCAGAUCUCCCAGAUGGAUAAAGGCUACGUGGACGCAAUCCGCCGCCUUUGGGCAGAUUCAGGCCUCCGGGUCUGUUACAGCCGCCGCUGCGAGUACCAGCUCCUGGACUCCACAGAAUACUACAUGAGCAACUUAGACCGAAUCGCCGCCCCAGACUACAUCCCCACAGAACAGGACGUGCUGCGGGUUCGAUUCCCCACCACGGGCAUCCACGACUACGCCUUCACCAUCAAGAACAUCACACUAAGGAUUGUCGACGUGGGCGGUCAGAAGUCAGAGCGUCGGAAGUGGAUUCACUGUUUUGAAAACGUCACCUCCCUCAUCUUCCUGGCCUCCCUGAGCGAGUACGACCAGGUCCUGGAGGAGCGAGAGACGAUCAACCGCAUGGACGAGAGUCUGGCUCUGUUCUACACCACCAUCCAUUCUCCCUGGUUCUUCAACACUUCCAUCAUCCUCUUCCUCAACAAGACUGACAUCCUGGCUGACAAAAUCCAGACCUCUGACCUGCAGAAAUACUUCCCAAGCUUCACAGGUAAGAGGCAGGACCCCGAGGAUGCUAAGAACUACAUCCGCAAGAUGUACGAGCAGCAGGCCGUCAACCGGGACAACAGGGACGAGUGGAAGACUCUCUACCCACAUUUCACCUGCGCCACAGACACCAACAACAUCCGCAGGGUGUUCAGCGACAUCAAGGACACGGUGCUGCUCAAGUCUCUCAGGGACUACGGAGUCAUCUGAACUUUACACAGCGGUGAAAAACAGUGACUCUUUACACUGUCUGCACUAUGUACCACUGAAGGCCAAAAUGUUGCUUCUUUUAUAUAUUUUUUUCUAAAGCCUGAGACAGUCAGACCUUUGCCCAUCAUUCAUGCUUCUGCCAACACCUCCGCCUCUUCCUCCCUCAUCGGGUUUUAAUGCAGAAGCUAGGUGGAGAACAAAGGGACAAGUUUUCUCUCACCUUCACCACCAUCACUACUCCACACUCUCCUCCUCCUCCUUUCAAGUAGAAAACAUGAAGACGCUCAGGGAGAUUGGGAGACGCAACAAGACUUGAGUGACUUCAGUAAUCACCCUCAGGUCUCUCAGCCAGUAGCUUUUUCCACCCAUUUUGAGUGUUUGGGUCACGCAGUGACUGAAUUGAACCAUAAUUGUAGCAGGAGCACAGAUACUAUGAAGUGCUGCGCUGCUAUUAAAGGAGUAAUGACUUUUUUACAAGUGGAGAUUGGGCCACGCUUGGGUUCACCACCCUGUCACUCGCAUUUUAAUCGCUGUGUUUGAAUCCACCAGGUAAAUUCAGGCUCAAACACAAACUGUUUCUAUUUUGCAACGUAAAUGAAAACAUGUGAGUUACUGCUCCUUUUGUUAUCAGACAUCUUAAUUCAAGGGAUUUUCUCUCAGUGAUUAACGUCAGAGUCUUCGAUUGUUUCACAAACACUGUGCUCCUGUCAGAGAGCCAAAAUACCAAUUGAUUACAGUUAUCUCACACUGGCAAUAUUCCUAUCUGCUCGUCUACUCCAAUUAUUAUGCAACUGUGUAACCAAGGUCUUUCGAGUCUUUCUCACGGUGCCCUAACAGCAGUUUAUGAUAACAUUGUUACAUUCACCUCCAGUUAAUUGCUCUCUAUGAGUUAAAUAGUUUAUUAUGCAACUCCCUGUUACAUGUGGAUGAAAUACAGACGGCAAAUUUACAAAGAACGGAUCGCACCCGCUGAGAGCACUUUGACUUGUGCAUAACUUGCAAACACUUUCUGCCUCAUCUCGAUGUCCGAUUCACAAAAGAUUUUUGAUGUAAUGAUAUCACAGCCCAAACACGCCCAUAAAGUUUUACAGAUGAGUGCCUUUUGUGCAUCUGAUUGCAAAUUAUCUAUUUGGCGAAGUAUAAAUUUUGCCGUCGAAGCCAAUAACACAGUGUGCAGAACAGCAGAGAGAAAAGGAAAACUAGUUUUUUCAGACAGUGAGCUAUAGAUCCUGAUGAGAUUUAAAAUUCCAUAUUUAAUAUUCUCUGAAGAAGCCAAAAAUUUCACUGUAACUGCAUGUGGCUAUCAGUGCUGAUAUGUUUGAACUGAACUGUUUUUGUAAAGAGGUUCAUUUGCAUAUAGAGGGGCCAAUUUUGCGCCAAACGUAGUCAUGUUAACUCAUUUAAAAUGUCCAAGUAGCACAGAAAUGCUAUUUGCUUUGCAGCACAGGUAGAGGUGCAAUACUCCUUUAAAGGUACUUUCUGAAUUAUAUACUUUUACAUUUUUUGUUACAUAUUUUUGCAGAUUUUGGCAGCAGCACAAUCUUUUUGUGAAUUAUAAAAUAUAGAAAGAGAAGAUACACUUAUGAGGGUAUUGUGAUAGUUAUUAAAGCAGAAUUAGUCAUUAUUUUAUUUUAACUUGACUACUUAUAUAAGACAGGUGUUGCUUGUCAUUACAAAGCCACGAAGAAUGAACAGUUAACUCUACAGGUCCUGCUGAAAUUUCUGUUCACUCAUAGCAGCCAACGGCAGAAAAAAAAUACUACCACUGCACGCUACCUGCCCAGCAAAAAAUGAACAGACAGACAUAAUUAGCACCUAGCUGGUGAAUAUAAUGAAGCAUUCAGCGGCUAAAAAGACAGAUAUUACCGCCAGUUGGUGGAGAAUAAAAGCAGAGCUAAAAGGAGUGAAUGUUGGACUUUCAUUCACCAGGCCGACAGAAUAACAACUAAAUGAAUGCUAAUGUUACUCUGUAACUGCUAGAUGUGUAAAUGGGUGACAGUUUGCUGACAAGUUUGCCUUAUCAAAUUAAAAAGUGUCUUGAGCUUG